UAUCAAUAACAAUUACAGUGUUGUUUUGAGGACGGUGCUGCCCGCGCGUAGCAAAAUAAUUGCAUAAAAAACGGGAAACAAAUGCUAUUUUCAGAGUUUUGAUUACCAUUGUGUCGAAAUCAAUCGCGCGUGUAGACGUAGCGCCCACCGUCUGAUUCAUGCCAACGUCACACAUUAACUUUCCAGACACACACACGCACACAAACGCGUAUACACUGCUCGCCUGCGCUUCGCUGCGCGGUUGGACGACAACAACGACAACCACCGACCACAAAUUUUAUUUAUCAAAAACGUCAUUUGCGCUGAACACUCGAAUUUCAUAGUCUCGGCGACGGGGUAAUUACAGUGCAAUCGGAGGCGUUUGCUUGUUGUUGUUGUUGUUGUUGUUGUGGCAACUAGCCAGCAACUGUGUCGAGCCUGAGUGAAAACGCAAGAGAAGCCUUAAAUUGCAAAUAAAAGUUGACCAUUGGAAAAAACAAACUUGUUGCUCACUGCCGCGCCAGAGGCUGGGGCUGCGCAUUGUGAAAUUCAAUUCGAAGAACCAAACCAAUCAGAAAAUCAUCUCAGUCAAACUGGAGAAGUGGAAGAGAACUCGCAAUUCCACUAAAAAGAUGGACCAACGCCAGCGUAGUCCAGGGGGCGCUCCAUCAGCCGCAACACCCAACGCCGAUAAGCCCACAGUUCUGGAAGGCGUGAUGUCCAACAUAUUUGAUGGUCUGACUGACAAAGAUGAGCAAGUGCGUCAGGCCAUGCAGCAGGCGAUAGUGAAGAUUCUGGAGACGCAUCCAUUGCGUGCCACGCUCAUACUGACUGAUUAUCGCGCCAAAAACGCUAAGCUUAGCGAACAAACUGUGUCCAUGAUAUUGGAUUGCAUUCAUCGGGUGGUUGCCGCGGACACCCCGUUGCCAACGGCAGCUAAUGAAAAACUGAUUGCCCUGGCCUUAGAGGAACUGACACGCAGCGUGGAUCAGCAUGUGCCGUUAAUACAGAAUCCCUCAUUGCAUAUACUCGUGUGCAUUGGUCGGGGCGAUGACUGCAACCUGGUGGUUGAGGCACUGCAAGCGCACAGUGGCCCCUCGAGCACUGUGCCGCAUUUUAUGCUGAUGCAGUGCCUCGGCCAGCUGGCCAUGGCCAAUACGGCUGGGCUGGUGCCGCACAUCAAGACAAUAUUGGCGCGUUGUUUGCCACAUUUGGGCGGCAUUAAGCAGGAUCACGUCAAGCUGGCAUAUGCCUAUGCAAUCGGACGCUUUAGUGAGGCGCUUAUGGAACACGGCACCAACACGCCCACAGGCGAAGCCAAGGCGGCCGCCAAUUGCGCCACGGAAAUCAGCGUUGCCUACGACGUGCUCUUCAAUCAGUGGCUGCACUCGCGUGAGCCUAAGGUAUGCAUGGAGAUACUGCAGGCACUGUCCAGCAUGUAUCCGUUGUUGCCAAGCGAUCGGAUAUUGGACCAAGCGCCGCGGCUGGUGCCGCAAAUUCUGACGCUCUAUCGGCGCAGCGUCGAUCGCAAUGCAGUCACACAAUUUUUGUGUUCAGUGCUGAAAACGAAUCUCUUGAUGCACGCUCACGUCCUGGAUGGAGUAGUCGACGGGCUGAUAACGCACCUCUUCGAUUUAGUCUGCGUUUAUCCGGACUAUGAAAAGCCACAGACGGUCAAGGGCCACUACGAGGUGCUGCGCUGCUUUCAUCUGUUGGCAGGCAACUACGCAGCGAAGAUCAUGGAUACGCUGCUCAUCCAUCUGCGUAACAACAGCGAACGGGAGCGCAUCAAAUCGCUGCUUAUAUUGACGCACCUGCUGAACAGCUGUGCGGUGCACAUUGAAAGCCGCCUGCAGGCGCUCAUCGAGUGCCUCAAGCAGCUGAUAUUGGCCGAGCGCAGCGUCAAGAUGAAACUAACGCUGCUCAAGACCAUUGUGGCGCUCGCGCAGAAAUCGCUUAUCCGGGACAAAGAGUUUGUGUGGUUUGUGGUGCGUCACAGCUGCAAAUACAGCAAAAUUAGCCAGGAGCAUGGCACCCUGGAGGAGCAUGCCACCCUGGUGCUAAGUUGCGAGAAUACGCUAUUCAUGCUCGCCUCCACGGUGGGUACACUUGACGAGCUGCUCAAACGCGAGUUGCUCAACUAUUUUCUGCUAUUGGACUACACAGACAUUUGCGGCAAUCUGGCCAAGUGCUUAGCCAGCUUGUUUGCCAAAUCGCCGCACAUUGAGUACGACAUAGCCGACGAUGAGGACCAACAAUCGUCGCCAGCGGUAGCAGGUGGCGAAGCAGCGGCGCCAGCUGCUGAGGAUCGCGGAGGCGUGGUGAAGCGCGGCAAAGUGAUUGUGCCCAGCGCCGAAAGCAUCUAUGCACGCUGCUUGGCUCUGCUGGGCAAUCAGCAGUGCAUCAAACGUGCAUCGAACAUACUCAGCUUCCUUAAGUACUAUCAUCCGCAGCUAAAUCCAGCACUGGAGGAGCUCUGGAACCGCCGUAUCUCCGACAUGCUGCUGCACAUCAACAAGCCGCAGGCAUAUCUGCAGCAGCUGCAAGACUUCCUGCUGGAGACCAACGAGUUUUUGGGCGCACGCGAUGAGCAGUUUCCGCAGCGCUUGGCCAUCAAGCUGGGCGAUCAAAUGUAUUUGUAUCCCAUGCAGUUGCCGCACUCAGAGUGGCAGCUGCCGGAUCUGAGCGCCGAGCGGGGCAUGCUGCUGCAGUCUGUGGCGCUGACACUCUGUCAGGUGACGGAUGUCGCCUGCAUCCAUACCAAGAUAGAUUUGAUUGUAACAACGGCGCGACAGGAGCGUCUCGAUAAGCACAUCAAGCAUGCGGAAUACGAGCGACGCAUCGAGCCAUGCGCUCGGGCACUCGGCUAUAUAGCCCGACAACACUUGGCGCAUGUGAUCAAGAAGCUAUCGGAACUGGCGCAAAUGGGCGGACGCAAACAUUCAACGGGUUUCUUUAGCAAUCUGCACUUUAUAAAGGACACGCACAAGGAGCUAGAGAACUACAAGAGCAAUUUGCUGGUGGUGAAAGCCUUUGGCCGCAUCAUGGACGAGGCAGAUCCGUUGCAAUCGCUGCAGCAUCUAGAUGAUACCAUGCUCAACUUCUUAAUGAUACAACUGGCCGGUCACAAGGAUCAGACCAUUAUGUCGGCCAUACUACAAACGCUGCUUAGUAUUUGUAAUCAGCUAAUUGUCACCAAAGAACAACUGCCAGCUCCGCUCAAGCAUCGCAAGCAAAUCAUGGAAACUGUCUUCAGUAUACCCAUUGAAUCGCCCUUCCAUGACCUGCCAUUGCUGCCCACCAUUUUGAAGCUGGGCACAGAUUUCAUACGCAUCGGCGGCAGCGAUAGCUCUGAGUGCGUGGACGGCAGUAUCAUCUUUGAAAUAGCUUGCAAAAACUUUUUCGGCUGCGCCAGGCAGUUGAAAAUGAAAUUUGAUUCGCAGGAGGAGGAUGAGCACAACAGCUUUCUUGCCAAGCAUCUGAACGAAUCGCUGCCACAGCUUAAUGCACUGGUUCGCGCCAUUGUUGAACUGGAUCCGUCACCCUCAACGCUGGAUCUGAUCAUUGGCAUACUGGAGUGCUGGAUGCGGGACAAGAACUCAGAGGUGCGCAUCUGCGCCAGCCAUGUGCUAAAUAACACACUUGAGGUAUACAUUAAGUCCAUGAAAAUUGGCGGCUGUGAGGCGCCCUCCAAGUUCAAUCAGACUGGCCAAAUGCUAGGCAAAAUUGUGCCCCGUUGCAUCGACUCCAAUGGCACCGUGCGCCAGGUAUCAGUGGACAUACUGCAAAAGACGCUGGAAAUCGCCUGCAUCUAUGAGACACUGACCAUAGCGAGUAUUGACAGCAGCGCCGAAUGGCUAAAGGAGAUUGAAUCCAUCAAGGAGCACAUCAUCACGGAUGAGCCCAAGCAAAUCUAUAAUCUGGCUGGCGAUAUUGCUAAGAUUAUAGCGCAACGCAUUUCCAGUUUCCAGUAUCUGCAAUUCUGUAAAACUCUGUUGCAGUCCCUGCGCGAUCCGGAACAGAGCUCCACCAUUGGCGCUAGUGUUGUCCUAAAGUUCUUCAUACAGCAGAAGGGCUCAGAGCUAUUCCAUGCCGUACCCGAUCUGGUCAAGGACAGUCUGGUGGCGCUGCAACUGUGCGAUGUGCCGCGUGCCAAGUCAGGCGUACUUAAGGCCCUGGUGGCUUUGACCAAGCACCAUCCGAAGCUCGUCUGCGCGGAGAUGCUGCAACAGCCGCUGCCCUACGAUGAGCAUCUGGUUGAGUAUUGGCAUCUGGUCUGCAAUGAUACGGAGCUCACCGGCCUUAUGCUGGACAACUUUUUGCAGCUGCUCAGCGGCGCCUGCCUGCACGAACCGCAGGAUGCGAGUAGCAUGCCACACGAUCGCCAAAGAUUGGCAAGCGUUCAGCCGUUUGCCAUAUUUUGUGCGCUGCACGAGAUGCUGCCCUGCAAGGACAUACAUGAUCAAUUGAAGGCGAGAUUUGCAGAGAUGUUCAGCAUGCUGUUGACUUCACUGUCCAGCUAUACGAAUCUGGCCGCACCCAUGCCAGCAGCCCCGCCGGCAAGUCCCAGCCAGCCGAAUAAGUCAUCCAGCAAGUUUGGAUUUGUGCCCAACAAGGAGCUAAUCAAACUGAAUCCCUGCCAAAUAGCACUCGAAACAUUUCAGGCAUUCCUCAACAAUUUGGAGAUGGAGCAAAUUGCCACCGUGCUGACGGUUAAUACCCAACUGGCUGCCAGCACGGACUGGCACAGUUACAUUGAGCUAUUGACCCCGAUGGCCAUUGGCCUGGCCAAUCAGCUGCAGCUAACCAGCCCAGGCAUGCGUCAGCUGGUAAAUGCUUUAAGCAAGUACGUGGCCUCGCCCCAUGAUGGCCAGCGCGUUGCAGCCGUUGGCCUAUAUUCGCGCCUUGUGCCGCUCAAGCCGUGCGGCGAACUGGCCAGCUGCCUAAUGCUACAUCUGGGUGCAGCUCUAAGCGAUCCCAAUGCGGUUGUGCGCGGCCUCAGUCUGCAGGGCAUGGGCUAUGUGGGCCAGCUGGGCGAGCACGAGUCACCGCGCUAUUCGGAGAUGGCAAUACAGGCUCUGCUCAAGGGUGUCGACGAUACGGUUGGCGAAUGUCUAAUCAAUGUACCGCUGGAGAGCAUGCGCGGACUCUCACGCAUUUUACAGGCAUUGCCCAGUGAUCGAGUCGAGCCCUUUCAUGUCUCGCUGGCCAUACGCAUACGUCCCUUCUUUGGCAGCUAUUCGAUGGAAAUGCGCGAGGCGGCAAUUAUUCUAUUUGGGGAUUUGUGCGAAUCAAAACAUGAUGACGGCAGCAGUUCGCCAACGUCAUCGAUGGAGGCACUACGCGAACAGCUCUUUGCCAAUCUAUUUCCGCUGCUGCUCCACCUGAGCGAGAGCGAGCCGGCCAUUGCCUCCGCUUGCAAAGGCACCCUAAGACGUGUCUGCCGCCUGCUGCGCGCUGUACGCGUCAAUGAGAUUGCCCAGCAGCAGCUCGUGAGCGACGCGGAUCAGCAGCGUCCACUUAACUACAGCAACUUUAUCGUAGAUUUUGUCAAAGUGAUCGCACUGGAACUGACCGAACACAUCCAGGACUUUAUAGACUCGUGCAUGCCCAAGCUGCGUAGCCAGUGGCCAGAAGUGCGCGGCAGUGCGGCCAUUGUUAUCGGCAUACUGCACAAUUUCCUUAGCGAGCGGAAUGCACAAACCGAGUCUGUAGCCGGCAAGAUUGCAGUGUUGCUCAAGGAUGAGCAUGUGACGGUGCGCGUGCGUGCUGCCCAGGCGCUGGGCUAUUUCUUUGGAGACAUCUAAAAUGGGAGCAUCUAGUGCGCCUUCAGGCUACAUGCACUGGGACCAAUAUAAACGCAAAUCUGAUCUUAACUUAGUAUAAACACACACCAGCAGUCGUAUUUUAUGAUACACAUUAAAUUUAGUAUUUCUCCAAGUGUGAUCCCGCAUGCGCUUAGCAUGGACGUCUAACCUUCAUGUAUCCUUAUUAUGUUUGAUAAUCGUUUAACUGUUUGUUCUGUUAUUCGUAUGUGUGUAAGCAUAUAUGUAUAUAUAUAUGCGUAUAUUACAUGUAUGGAAAUCGUUAUUAUUCUGUUUGGCAUAUUUCUUGUAUAUAAUAUAUAUAUAUUUAUAUAAGGUAUGAUUGUUAUCCCAGUAUAUUUGAAAACGCGACACAUUUGGUCUUGUGCACGACCAUAACAUAGCCGAAGACAAUACCUUGGACUUGUUUCUCAAUAGAUCUUAAUUUGUGCACGAGCUUCAGCUUUGUGUCAAUUAUUUGUACUUUCCAGUAACCAAAACUUUUUUAGCAUCUAAGUCUAACUCUUAGCACAAGAUCAAAUGCUCCUCUGUCAGCGAGCUGUUAUUUUAAUUCCAACAUGUUAUUUGUGUACCUUUAUUAACGCUUAUAAAAACCAAAUACAUAAAAAUAAAUAAAUCCUA